AUGGUCCCAGCAAUUGAAGUCCGGCCUGCGCUCAAAAGAUUAGCAGACUCCAAGAGUCCAAGCCAGGAGCUGACAUUACACGGCGAGCGCUUGCACUACGAACUGCUGUCUGGAGUCGGGCCAACUCAUGGAUGGGUGAGCACAACGCUGCAGGGCCGAGCUUUGAUGGAGAAGGUGGGCGUGCAGAACUACGUUGCCGAUGCUAAGGAUUGGUCUGCAUAUGGGGUUUUGCCGCCGCUUCUUGCAAGCAAGUGGCUUGCAAAGUACGAGCACGGCAGAAGCGCAAGAUGCAGGCUGGUGUGCUUCUUCGGCGCUGGACAUGAUGCAGUAGGAUUUGCAAACUGGAACCAGUACACUGCUGAGCACUUCCCGCUCAUCGAGCCGCUUUUGGUGACUCUGCCUGGACACGGGGCCAACCGCCACGUGGCUCUGCAAGAAGACGCACAGGCACUGGCAAAGCUGGCUGCCGACGAGCUUCUAGGCCUCACGGACAAAUUCGGUCCCUUUGCAUUGUUGGGCUUCUCUGUGGGCGCGACGGCAAGCUACGCUCUGGCAUUGGAGAUGAUCGAGAGGGGCCACAAGCCAUUGAAACUUUACGUGGCUGGCAGAGCCGGGCCAAGGAUUCGGUACCGGCCACCUGCCUUCGAGGAAAUCUGGGCCCUGGACUCAAUCGGCUGGAUGCGCUGGUUCGUGGCAAACUUUGCAACCGCCGAAGAUGUCAAGCGGACAGAGCGAUUGAUCAAGUUAUCGGAUGGGCCUGGAGAUGGCCUUUUGAAGUCUAUCGCCUCAUCACAGAAGGCUGACAUGCUCAUUGGCGACAGCUUGGCAGGUGCCUCGCCUCUGGUCAUCGAUUCUGACCUGCAUGUGGUGGCAUCGCGAGCAGAUGAAGUAUGGCCAGCUGAAGAAACUGCAAAGUCUGGGAACCACUGCGACCCGCCUUACAUGGACUGUGCUGAGACAUGGCAGCCAUUCUCACGAGGGAUAGUCACCUCCAAAUAUUUCGACGAAGUGAAGCACAGCGAGCUUUGCACCGAGCUUCUGCUCGAAGAGGUCUGCUGUGACCUAUCAGGUUUGCUGGACCGACAAAACAUGGCAAAACAAGUUGCCGAGAAUAUGUAUCCCCGUCGCUAG